AUGGGUAGGCUACAAUGCCCAAACUUUGAAAUAUUGCGGGCGAGCCUUAUCGCAGUGAAAAUCGCUACAACAUUUCUCGACCUACCCUUGAUUAAGAUGACUGUUGCGGGGGUGGUUGGCGAGAGUGUCACUGGGCGCAUUCAAUGUAUUGUCCGCCGCGAGAAUUCUAAGUAUGUGUUGGUCUUUCGGCUCGUGAUCGCGAAGCCAGAGAAUGCAGAUGACCGUGAUGUGACCGACAAGCCUCUUGGGGAAGCGUCGCCGAAGUGGAAGAGAGAUCGGGGGGGCUACUGCGCCCUUAGUGCUGGAGUGGGUUAA